AUGGCGACAGUCAAGUGGGCUGAGAAUGUCGUGAUCAUUGGUGGGGCUGACAAGGAUGGUAAAGCAUUAAACAAUGUUAUAAUUUAUAACAUCAAGACUGGAAACAGUCAUAUGUUGCCUCCCAUGUUACACAGAAGGACAGGAUGUAUGGCAGUUGUUAUUGAGAAUACAAUUGUAGUGCUAGGAGGAAGUGAUGAGAGAAGGCGUAUUUUGAAAUCAGUUGAAGGUUUCAAUUUUGAGCGAUAUUCAUGGCAGGAACUUCCUGAAAUGAAGGAAACCAGAUACUGGGCUACAGCUGUCGUGAUCUAG